AGGAAAACCGCACAUGGGAGUGUAUUAUGUUUGAGUUUAGCGGAGCACGCGGGCGACUUAACUUCGUGAGAGGCAUAUGCGAUGUUUAUUAUUCACGCUAAUCCGGAUUUUGUAAAAUCGUGUACGAAGUGUCAGAGACUGUUAGUUCGUGAUAAAUAUAAACUGAUUUGUGGUUCGAAUCCUGGCUGUGGCAGGUGGUUUUACGUGAGAUUGCCUUCGCCGAACCCAGUGGAUUGCCUGAACCACUCGCGAGAAGUGGCCCAAAGGUGCUAACAGACAAUAUUUCUAAUUCUGCGAGUGUCGCUCGCGUCUGAUUGUGAUUUAGUUUGUAAAAAGUGUGAAAAAUCGUGAUAUUAUGCAUAACUUAAACGUAAAUCUGGCCUCGACGGCCGUCAACUCCCACAACCUCUUGGUGGACAGUGCUUGCACUACACCACGCACUCCUGAAAUCCUCAAUUCGCUGAUAGCCAUGACAAAUCCGAUGGAUAAUUAUUCGUACGGGAAUAACAACAUCGCGAAAACAUCGUCGAAGCCUCCCACGAACAUGUCCAGCGAUUCCAACAGCUCCAGCAGUAGUCAAUUAGAGUCUCCCACGACCAAUCCGCCCAGCGUCCAACAAACAUGCUCCCAACUUAUCAAGGCUGGACUCAAACUCUCGAUCGAGCAAAAACGAAAACAUCAAAGCGACGGAGAGGAUCUCCUGGACCUCGACAAGUGCAAACGCAUCAAGAAGAACGACUGCAGCGAGUCAGAGGAGGACAAGAACAAGCAAGACGGGAUGCUUAAUUGGACGUGGUACGAAAACGAUGAUUGUUCGAAAUUAACGCCCGAGGACGAGGAGCGUCGGCGCCGCCGCCGCGAGCGCAACAAAAUCGCCGCGACGAAAUGCCGCUUGAAGAAGCGCGAAAAGACCGCCAACCUCGUCAACGAAUCUGAAACGCUGGAAACGCAAAAUAUCGAGCUCAAGAGCCAACUCCACGAGCUGCAGAACCAGAAACGCGGCCUUAUCGAGAUGCUGAACCUGCACCGGCCCGUGUGUCAGCACAACAUCUCCCCGGUGACCAGGGAGUGCAUCUACCGGCUGCCCCCGGUGGGGUCCGUCAUCGAGACGCAUUCCUACAGCCGGCCGGCGUCCGUGGACCCCAACUUCAGGACGCAGAACAUGGAGGUGUACAGCCGGCCCGCCAGCGUGGGGGUCACCAACAACAUCACCUACAGCCGCCCCAACAUGAACUUCAAAGCCCCGAGCAUUGUUGUCGAGGAGGUGAAUGAGGCCUAUCCCCAGCUGACCAACCUCGACAACAUCUCCUACCACUACAAUAGCCAGUGUCAUAACUACUCCUCUCAGAGUUACACAGCGUCUGGAAUGGACAACGGAUGCAUGGCUUAGCCCCUUUCCAGACUUUUCCUGUACUUUACUAGUGUGAAUAUUUUUAUACUUAUGCAUACGGCGGGAAUUGCAAUAUGUUUGCCAGCCAAAUGUGUGGUUCUAAACCUCCGUCCACUCACAUCCCACCUCAUUUAUUGGCGCAUUGCUUUGUUCCAAAUUAAAAUUUGAGCACACACUAGGUAAAAAAAAUUGAUUCUUUCCCUCAAAUUUUCUACAAUGAAAUUAAAAAAAAUCUUUUGGUUUUUGCCGAGUUGGCAGGUCUUGCCUUAUAGUACUUUGUUAUAGGGGUCUCAAAAAAUUAUAUUCAUUGCCCCAUAUAAACUUAAACUAUUGGGUGACUAUAAAUAUGAGUUCAAAAAGCCACUCAUAAAAUUAAUUCUUUGGUAUGGAUUUUUUUUUUAAAUUCUCCAACUGGUGAUUUUAUUUUUAUAAUUUUUAUACACUUGACAUUUCAAAUUUCAUGAUGUCACAAGUUUUUGAGAAAUUACUUUAGGGUUGUUUUUUUUUUGGUAACCGACAUUUUUGUAUGUAUAUGUUUUUCGAUAGUACAGUUCAUUUUCUUUAAUAUUCAUCUGUCAGUGUCACAAUUUUGAUAAAGACCGGACUGUAUCAUGAACAAAAAAAGUUCAUGUUCAACGACUAGCUUUAUUAUGUAUAUAACUUUUGCAAACCAGAUUUCACAAUCUGUACGUGAGUGUUAUACGGUUAUACGGUCAUUGAAAUUUGAAUUGAUUAUUUGUUAAAAAAUAUCAAUGAAAAAAUGCUAUUUAUUUAAUAUUUAUCUUGCGGCUUAUUUAUUUUUCUAGUAAGUAUAAAGAAGUAAAAAAAAAUAAAAUAAAACAAAAAACGUAAAGAUAAUUUUACAGUGUUUUUUUUUCUGUUCUGGCUUUAUUUAUAAGAAAUGUUUUCAGGAUAUUAUUUAAAAAAAUAUAUAUACGGUCGCUCCUUAUAAAAUAAGGCAACAAAAAAAGACAAGACCUUUUGCGUGAAAUUAUCAAAAAUAUUUUUUUUUAUUAUCAAAUUUUAUGACCUCACAAGUUUUUGAAAAAUUACGUCAUUUUUUAAGGGCAUCAGACAUUUUCGUAAGACCGUUUUCAAUAACACUCCCUUUUUUUCUGAUAAGUAUAAAAAAUCCAAAAAAUAAAGUAAAUAAAAAAUAAAAGAGUUAAACAAAAAUACAAAUAGUACUUAAUUUUACACAAGGUGCUUUAUUUUCCUGUUCUGGCUUUAUUUUAUAAGAAUUUUUCCAUGCUAAUUAUCUAAGAAAAAAUUCAAAAAAGGGUGGCCCCUUAUGAAAUAAGACAGUAACACAAAAAGAUAGGCCUUUUGCGUGAGAUUAUCAAAAAAAAAUUUUUUUAUUAUUAGCAGGAUGACAGAGUGAAUCAAAAACAGUAAACAAAAAUGUCAGAUGACAUAAAAAAAAUUGAAAAUGACGUCAUUACUCAAAAACCAGUGACAUCUUAAAUGUUGCUAUGGCGUCAAAAUAUAGUUGUUUGAGGAUAAAAAACCUAUAACAAAGAUAUGACUUGUGUAAAAAAAGUAAUUUUCUUGCAAUUUUGAUUUAUAUUUUUUUUGAAUAAAAUGAACAAUUUCCAGAGGUCUGGUCAAUAUGCCCCUGAUCUGAUUAAAACCGGAAAUGAGGUGGGUAAUUUAAGUAAAAUAGCUUCCACUUUAUGGCCAAUAAAUGUGUAGCGUGCGGCUAUCGAUUGAAGGCUGUCGGGCAUAAUGCGAGUUCUCUUGUUAAUAUUGUUAAGUGUCACCUCAUUUGUUACCAGAUCUGAAGAAAAGCUACCAAUGUUGAAAGAGUUUAUUGAUUGUUAAAAUGUUUUAAUGUUGGUUUACAAUUUUCUUAUCAUUCCAGUGGAUAGCGAUAGUAUUUCUUACUUCAUAUUAUUUAUUAUAUUUUUGUAUAUUACUGCCAAAUUUUUACCUAUUUUAUUGUGUGUUGAAAAUGUUUAAUAUUGUUUUUAUUACAUAUUUUUCUAUUUUACUUUUUAGGUAUUUAGUCGUAAAAUCGUUUCUUGUACCUUUUACUUCCAUUUACCUCUACUAGAUUAGAGAAAUUGCGCAAAAGCAACGUACGAGUGCUCGUCCACCCUUAGCUACGUUACUUUUGUCCUGAUGAAAUAAUCUGAACACAUAUUUUAGUUACUUAGGCAAUUUAUUUGCAUAAAUUUGCUUUAAGAACAUGCUUUAUUCACACGUUUAACAAACUUCAAGUUAGGUUUUCUAGUGCUUUUUGUAUUAUUUUAAACAGUGCCUUAUUGUUACAUCCAGAAACAAUAAAGUGGCAUGUGUUUUUUAAUUAAAAGACAACUUUAAAAGUGAAAUUGUGAUAUUGAUGUUGCGUCAUUUACUAAAUUCUAAUUCAGAUUUGAAGCGAACAUGUGCCAUCUCACGAGCUUUUUCUACACUUUUUAUAUUUUAAAAAUUUAGAAGGUUUUACACUUUGCUACUUUUGUUCAACUGAUAUUAAAUUCUGGUGCAAACUAUUACCUAUGCGUUACCUGUCCUUGUAAUGAAACGGGUAAAGUUUUAAUAUAUUUUUUGAAACUGUGCCUUAAUCUGUGAAUGAAAAUAAACCAUGAUAUUAUCA